AUGCCACCUCCACCACCUUCAUCAUCAUCUGAUGGUGGUUAUUUAGGCAUUCCAGCGAUGUCCUCUCGUUUGAAAUUAUUGGAAGAGAAAAUUCUACGCCAAAUCGGUCCGUUCGAUGCGUCGACAUCAUCAGCAUCAUCAACAACAACAACACCAACAGCAUCGGGUACAACAACACCGACAAUUAUCAAUCGACCAACGAGUCGAAACAACAGCCCACAAAUCCGACAACUACCAACCAGUUUGAAUAGUCCUUCGAAUUCACGUGCAAGUUCAGCUCCUCCCAUACGUAAAGGUGUCUUUCAUUUACCUCUGUCUCCACUUCAAACAACUCCGAAUAAUACCAGUGAAUAUACCCAAGCUAAAUAUCAAGAGGUGCUGAAAAAUUCUGGUUUAUUACAUAUUAAUGGAGAGCAAAAACGUACUGAUCCUAAAGAGCUUUCGAAUAUUUCCAUUCUUGGCUAUGGGUCAUGUGGUCACGUGUAUAAAAUGGAGCAUAUUCCAAGCAAAACAGAACUGGCUGUCAAAAUCAUGCAUCGAACGGCUUCCGACGAAGAAAAUAAGCGAAUCAUAAUGGAUUUAGAUGUGAUUAUCAAAAGUUACGAUUUUCCAUUUAUUGUUAGAUGUAUUGGAUAUUUUAUCAAUUCCACGGAUGUCUGGAUUUGUAUGGAAUUAAUGGCAUCGUGUUUCGAUAAACUUCUAAAAUUGAUUCAGCAACCAAUACCAGAACUUGUUCUUGGCAAACUAACAUUUGCCACGGUAACAGCCUUGAACUAUUUGAAAGAAGCUCAUGGAAUCAUUCAUCGAGAUGUCAAACCGUCGAAUAUAUUAAUCGAUGAAUAUGGCGCGAUAAAACUGUGUGACUUCGGCAUUAGUGGUGUAUUGAUUGAAUCAAUGGCUAAAUCGCGAAAUGCUGGCUGUGCAGCUUAUAUGUCACCUGAACGUAUUGAACCAUUAGAUCCAACACGACCUGAUUACGACAUACGAGCUGAUAUCUGGAGUUUAGGAAUUACACUGAUUGAACUAGCAACAAAUGCGUACCCAUAUUCCAAUUGCCGAUCUGAUUUUGACGUUAUGUCGCGUAUUGUGACUGAAGACUCUCCAAAAUUACCUGCUCAUCUAACAUUUUCCGCUAAUUUCCGAUCGUUUGUUGAUAUGUGUUUAAUUAAAAAGUACAAAGAACGACCCAAAUACGGAGAGCUAAUGCUUCAACCAUUUUUUGUCCAAUCGCGUGACCAACCAUUUGAUGUUGCCGGUUGGUACCGAGAUGUGACAAGCGCAGCAAAUGACAAACAACGCCGGUGA